AUGAAUUUGGCGGGAACUUCUAUCCACAUGUGUUUGUUUACGUUGUUUGUUCUCGGACAGAUUUAUGACUGAUUAGACUGAAGACAGUUGAUUAACAAAGAAUAUUGAUAUCUAGGAUAACAGAAGAAUAUAUUAAGAAUGAAGAUAACAGAAGAUUUAGUGAAAAGUUUGUGUAAUAAAGCAUCUCUCAGAGCAGUCCAGAGUUUAAAUCUUUCAGACAAAGAGAUUAAUGGAAGCUUGGAUUGUACAGUACUAGAGCAGUUAGCAAACUUGUCAGUUUUAGACAUAUCACAAAACAGCAUUACAGAUAUCCCAGAAUCCUUCAGUUUGAACCGUUUAGAGACACUCGAUUGCAGCUUCAACAAUUUAAAAUCUUUACAAUUUAUACAGAACUUUAAGAAUUGUACACAACUUUACUUAGAUGGAAAUGAUGAUAUUCAGCUUACAGAUAAAGUAAAAGCUUUUAGGAUGAAUUCAUCAGUACAUUUUGUUGAUGAAAUACGUAGAUCUACUGUGGAAAACUUCAAGGAGAAAUUUGAAGUCAUGGUGAAGAGUAAAUGGGAAGUUUUGUUUGCUGCCAAAUAUGCAGAGGGAUUCAGUUGUGAUCAAUUUGAACACGUUCUUCAGGAGUUUUAUACAUCUUUGACCUCUGACCUUUUGUUUAAAAAUAUUACUGAAGAAACUGAAUGGGCAAUUCUUAAAGACAUUGCUUCAGAGAUUGUUGAGAAAGCCCAAGAUAAAUCACUUUUCAAUGAAUCAAAUAUGUCUAGAGGUACACCUCGAAGUGCUCGUCUAAAUCAUAAAUGGCUGAACAGAAAUGACUCAGGACCUUCAUCCCCGUCAACACCUGAGUCCUCGGGACAGAAAGAUUUGAUGAGGGUAAAGCCAUUAACUCCUAAAAGUGGGACAUGUACACCUGCUUCAAAACCAUCUUUAAAACGUGGUAGAGAUAGUACUCCAACUAGUUCACCUCAAGGUCAACCAGCAAAGAGGGCAAGGGACACAACUCCAUCAACACCAACCAGAAGACCAACAGUUUCCACAUCCAUAAAAAACACUGAUGAGCAGAAAACAGCAUGUUUGCCAUCUGUUGGUGAUUUUGAUCCAGCUUUCUUCAUCCGCUGUCACUCAACAAAUAAUGAUCCCAAUGACAAUCAGACAAAAGUUUGGAGAUGUGCUUUUAAACCAAGUAACAAAGAUAAAAGUAGCAGACUUUUAGCCACCUGUGGAGGUCAAAAUGUGUGCCUGAUAGAUUGUCAGACAGGUAUUGUGAUGAAGAGAUACAAGGACAGUAGUAAAGAGGAGGACUUUUAUGCCUUGGCUUGGUCAACAAUACCAUACAAGACCGGUAGUAAAGAAGGAAAAAUCAAUAUAUUGGCUGUGGCAGGAAACAAUGGUUAUAUAAAACUAAUUCAUCCUUCCCAAUUUGUGAUGUAUGCUACAAUGGAAGGUCACCAUGACUACGUCAGCUGUUUGUUGUUUCACCCAGAGGAGCCGACACAUCUGUUCAGUGGAUCGAAAGACAGAAAAAUUAUAUUAUGGGAUGUUGGUGUUCCAGAUUUCACAGAUUAUACAACAAAUAACAAGAAGUUGAUGGUUUUUAAUACAGCACAUACAGAUGCAUUGAAUUUGGUCUUUAGUACGAAGAGUCAGAUGCUGAUAGCUGGAUGUGAAAAGUCGUGUUAUGGAUGGAGAUUUAAUAACAAGAAAAGUAUAUCUAGGGAUCCUAACUUUGAAUUUCUGAUACCCAGUACAAUGUCUGAUGUUGAGUCAGGUGAUAGUGAUGAUGUAGAAGUAGUAGAUGGGCUAGCAUUGUUACCUAAUGAUUACAUCGCAGCCAAAUGUAAUGGUUCAGGUCACAUGGUAAUCUGGAAUCUCCAUGACAACCUACCUGUCAAGGUUAUUAAGGGAACAAGAACAGUAGAGGUCAAAGUAUCAGCAUUAUUACAGUAUACCAGAACAUCAGUAGACUAUAUCAACCUCAGUUCUACCUCAGGUAUGUUAACAGCUGGUGACGACAAGGGGUCAUUGUUUAUCUACCAGAUGGGAACAUUUACAAAAAAACACAAGUCCUCAUCAGAUCAAAUUUUAGGCUAUUCUUCGAAACUACUUUGGCCAGACUUAGAUGUUAGUUCAAGCAAGGGGAAAAUGGAGGAAUUACCUGAUUGUAAUGAUAUUGUGAUCAACAGUUGUUGUUCAAGUGAUGAUCAGACACUGAUAGCUUGUGGAACAGACAAUAAUCUUGUUUGCAUAUGGAAAAAGAAUCCUACAUCAUUUCGAUAAGAAAGUGUUACCAUAGGCCUGCAUUUAAUAUGGAUCAAUUUUUAAGAGCAUCAGAUCUUACAAAGGAAAAUAUGGAAAUUGAAAAUGUUCGAAAAAAUACGAAAGAAACUUCAAAGAUAUAAGACUUCCUCAAAUUUGACGAAUUGAUCCUUUAAAAAUUUAACACAACAGUUUAUUUGUAUUGAAAUUAUAAUGAGGAAUUUUCUGACCAGAAUUUUCCAUUUACUGUGAACUGUAUACAACCUUUCUAUCAGAUUAAGGUGAGAAAAAGUCUGAAAAAUUGUUUUUGACCAACCACAACUUAUCUGCCUGAUUCUUCAAAGAUGCUCAGAGAUUACUAGUAUUUUAUAUUCAUGUUAUUAUAGUAUUUGCAAUAUUUUAAUUGAGAUGAAAUAUUGUUUUAUUUAGUCAUGUCUACUUGGUUUUUUUUUUACUUUAAAGUGUAUCUUAUUUUUUUUUAUUUAAAUGUAUUUUUAUUCUUUACAGUACUUUUAAGUUCAAAAAUCAUUGAGAGUAUUUAUUGAAGAUUGUCAGUUCAACUAUUUUAAAACCCUUUUAGGGUCUGCUGCAUACAAAUAAGACUAUUAAAAAGUGUUUGAUGAUACCCUCACUCCAAAAUAGGAGGGGGUGGUGUUCUGUUAACUUCUGUAUGUCUGUUGGGCUCAUGAAAUUUUGUUGCAUUUCCUCAGGAAAUACAAAUCCUAGCUUCCUGAAAUUUGUUAUCAGUCUCCAUGUAUACAUGCUUUACCUUGUAAUGCUGUUUCAGAAUCAUUGAUUCCCAACUGUCUGUUAACCAAAUACUUAUAUAUUAGAACACAUAAUGGCCAAGUAUGAAAUUUUGAUUGAAUUUUGUAGGGAACUACAAAUAAGAGCUUACUGAAAUUUGUUGAUCGGCUUCAUGUGAACAUGCUUUACCAAUGAUAUGUUUUCAGAUUCAUCGCUCAUUAACUCCAUGUUUACUGAAUUCUUAAAGUGUGGGUAUCAUUAGUGAGCAGUAGCUGGUAUCAAGCUGGUAUCAUUAGUGAGCAGUAGCUCACAGUUUUAUUUGUUACUGUUUGUUAUGGAUAUGCAUGAAGUAUUGUUACUGACCCUUAUUGAAACAAUUAAUCUAUUAAACUUAUUCAUGUGUCAUGUUUUUUAAGCCCUAAUGAAAAAUAUGGAAAUUGUAAAUAGGAAUAUGAUGGUAUCUGAAAGGAUUCAUAAAUUGAAAGUGAAGAUAAACUAUUUUUAGUAUAUAAGUUUAAAUGGAGAUAUCAUAGUUUUAGUAUGACAUUGUAAUCGAAACGAUUUAGUUUUAGCAUUUGUUAGUGAUAAACUGUUAUUGAGAAAAGUGUUUUUGUUAUACAAUAAAUAUUUUUACUACA